GGCGAACAUGGCGGCGGCGGCGGUCGGGAGGGACACUUUACCUGAGCACUGGUCCUAUGGCGUGUGCCGGGACGGCCGCGUCUUCUUCAUCAAUGACGAGCUCCGCCGCACGACCUGGCUGCACCCGCGCACCGGGGAGCCAGUCAACUCCGGCCACAUGAUCCGUUCAGACCUGCCCCGCGGCUGGGAGGAGGGCUUCACGGAGGAGGGAGCCAGCUACUUCAUCGACCAUAACCAACAGACCACAGCAUUCAGGCAUCCUGUGAGUGGGCAGUUUUCUCCAGAAAAUAGCGAAUUUAUUCUUCAAGAAGAGCCACAUCCACAUAUGUCGAAGCAAGAGAGAAACCAAAGACCAUCCAGCAUGGUCAGUGAGACGUCCACAGCUGGAACCACGUCCACUGUGGAGGCCAAGCCUGGCCCCAAGAUCACGAAAUCCAGCAGUAAAGUCCACAGCUUUGGGAAGAGGGACCAGGCCAUUCGGAGGAACCCCAGUGUUCCAGUGGUGGUGAGGGGGUGGCUGCACAAGCAGGACAGUUCUGGGAUGAGACUGUGGAAAAGGAGGUGGUUUGUGCUUGCUGAUUAUUGCUUGUUUUACUAUAAAGACAGCCGAGAAGAAGCGGUCCUUGGGAGCAUCCCUCUGCCCAGCUAUGUGAUCUCACCUGUGGCCCCUGAGGACCGCAUAAGUCGCAAGUAUUCCUUUAAGGCUGUGCACACAGGGAUGCGAGCACUCAUCUAUAAUAGCUCCACGGGGGGCUCUCAGGCCGAGCAGUCAGGCAUGAGGACCUACUACUUCAGUGCCGACACCCAGGAGGACAUGAACGCAUGGGUCCGGGCCAUGAACCAGGCUGCACAGGUGCUGUCUCGAUCAUCGCUAAAGAGGGAUGUGGAGAAGGUGGAGCGGCAGGCGGUCCCCCAGGCCAACCACACCGAGUCCUGUCGAGAGUGUGGCCGCGUGGGACCUGGACAUGCGAGGGAUUGUCCUCAUCAAAGCCAUGAGGAUUCCUUUGGCUUUGAGAGGCGGGAGCAAGAGGAAGAACGGUACCGUUCCCAGAGGGACCCACUGGAGGGCAAGCGGGACAGGAGCAAGGCUAGGUCCCCGUACACGCCGGCUGAGGAGGACGCCUUGUUCGUGGAUUUACCUGGUGGCCUGAGAGGCCAGCAAGCACAGCCCCAGCGGGCAGAGAAGAAUGGGGUGCUGCCCGCCAUGUAUGGCCCAGGAGAGCAGAACGGGACCGGCGGGUAUCAAUGGGCCUUUCCUCCCAGGAACAACGCUGAAAAGCACAGCCAGAAGAAGAACAACCUGGCCCAGGUGGAGCACUGGGCGAAAGCCCAGAAGGGGGACGGCAGGAGCCUGCCCCUGGACCAGACCCUUCCUCGUCAGGGUCCUAGCCAGUCACUGUCCUUCCCAGAAAACUACCAGACUCUGCCUAAGAGCUCCCGACAUCCCUCAGGGGGCUCCUCGCCCCCUCCCCGCAACCUGCCGAGUGACUACAAGUACGCGCAGGACCGAGCCAGUCACCUGAAGAUGUCGAGCGAGGAGCGCCGAGCGCACCGGGACGGCACGGUGUGGCAGCUGUACGAGUGGCAGCAACGCCAACAGUUCCGGCACGGCAGCCCCACGGCGCCCAUCUGCGCCGGCUCCCCGGAGUUCACCGACCAGGGCCGGAGCAGGAGCAUGCUGGAGGUGCCCCGCUCCAUCUCUGUGCCUCCAUCUCCCUCCGACAUCCCUCCUCCAGGCCCCCCGAGGGUCUUCCCACCCCGGCGGCCGCACACGCCAGCAGAGAGGGUCACUGUGAAGCCCCCGGACCAGCGGAGGAGCGUGGACAUCUCACUGGGGGGCUCUCCCAGGAAGGCACGGGGCCAUGCCACCAAGAACUCCUCUCACGUGGAUCGCCGCUCCAUGCCCUCCAUGGGCUACAUGACCCACACAGUCAGCGCUCCCAGUCUCCAUGGAAAAUCGGCUGACGAUACCUACCUCCAGCUGAAGAAGGACCUGGAGUACUUGGACCUAAAGAUGACAGGCCGGGACCUUGUCAAGGAUCGAAGUCUGAAGCCCGUGAAGAUUGCGGAGAGUGACAUUGACGUCAAACUGAGCGUCUUCUGCGAACAAGACAGGAUCCUCCAGGACUUGGAAGACAAGAUCCGAGCCCUCAAGGAGAACAAAGACCAGCUGGAGUCUGUGUUGGAGGUAUUGCACAGACAGAUGGAGCAGUACCGAGACCAGCCCCCGCACCUGGAGAAGAUUGCUCACCAGCAGAGGUUGCUGCAGGAGGACCUUGUCCACAUCCGGGCAGAGAUCUCCAGAGAGUCCACUGAGAUGGAAAAUGCAUGGAAUGAAUACCUGAAGUUAGAGAGUGAUGUGGAGCAGCUGAAGCAGACCCUGCAAGAGCAACACAGAAGAGCCUUUUUUUUCCAGGAGAAAUCGCAGAUACAGAAAGAUCUCUGGAGGAUUGAAGAUGUCAUUGCAGGCCUGAGUGCAAAUAAAGAGAACUUUAGAAUCCUGGUGGAAUCGGUCAAAAAUCCAGAGAGAAAAACGGUGCCUUUGUUUCCUCACCCGCCUGUGCCUUCACUCUCGACUUCUGAGAGCAAGCCGCCCCCACAGCCCAGCCCUCCCACCAGCCCCGUGAGGACCCCUCUGGAGGUUCGACUCUUCCCCCAGCUGCAAACCUAUGUGCCGUACCGACCUCAUCCACCCCAACUGAGGAAAGUGACAUCCCCUCUUCAGUCACCAACCAAGACGAAGCCCAAAGUUGAAGAUGAGGCACCUCCCAGGCCCCCACUCCCUGAGCUCUACAGUCCAGAGGACCAGCCCCCGGCUGUGCCACCUCUGCCAAAGGAGGCCACUAUCAUCCGGCACACUUCAGUGAGGGGUCUGAAACGCCAGUCGGACGAGAGGAAGCGAGACCGGGAGCAGGGGCAGUGUGUGAAUGGGGACUCAAGGGUGGAGCUCCGGUCAUACGUUAGUGAGCCUGAGCUGGUGACUUUCAGUGGGGACAUGGCCCAGCCCUCCCUGGGACUAGUGGGCCCUGACAGCAGGUACCAGACACUGCCAGGCAGAGGGCUCUCGGGGUCCACAUCAAGGCUCCAGCAGUCAUCCACCAUUGCUCCCUACGUCACGCUCCGGAGGGGUCUAAAUGCCGAAAGCAGCAAGGUGACCUUCCCUAGACCCAAGAGUGCCUUGGAGCGCCUGUACUCAGGGGACCACCAGCGGGGCAAGAUGAGUGUGGAGGAGCAAUUGGAGCGCAUGAAGCGGCACCAGAAGGCCCUGGUCCGGGAGCGCAAGAGGACGCUGAGCCAAGGAGAGAGGACGGGUCUGCCCUCGUCCCGCUACCUCAGCCAACCUCUCCCCGGAGAUCUCGGCUCAGUAUGUUAGGAGGGUCCAGGCAGGUGGGGCUGGGACGGGGAGCAGAGCUUCCCCGAGUUCCCCAAACACAAGAACAUCACACCCCAGAGAGAGUAGGCUUUCCACCGAGAUGGUUCAGAGAACACCCCACGGGCUGUGUGUCCACAGCCCGGGCCACUUGUGUGACCUGGUCAGAGGGUGAUCCGGAAUCAGAGAAAGAGUGAGGAUGUCACGGCAGGAGCCUAGCAGCCAGAGAAAAUGUCCCAAGUUUGUUCCCCAGGCUGAACUUGAGAGAGGACUUUGUAGCAUUUGGAGUCUCAGCUGGAUCAAGGACUUGGGAGUACAGAGUUCAGGAAUGGAGGAGGAAGAUGGUGAUAUGAUUUGGUGAGGAGGAGUGCAAGCCAGCCAGCCUCCCAGACCUCUGAGCGAUGCCCUGCGGAGCAACUGAGCACAGGGUCGGGCUCCACAGCCCUGAGGGCUGGCAUUCUCCCCCAGCUUGUGGUGCUGGCAGGCCUCACGGUGCCCCUGGAGAGCCAGGGGGACCUGUGCUGCCCCCUGGUGUGCUUGCAGGCACUGCACCCUGCCCACAGUCCCCUUCUGUCCCUUUGGGAAACAUUCCAUUUGACUUUUCCCUGUUGUUUGAAAUCACCUGUUUCCCUAGCCCUCUAGCCAGACUGCUCUUUCCCUAAUUCAUCGCACAAGCUCUUUUGCUUUUAGUGUUACCGCUCAUUGCCUCUCUAAUCCUGCCUGAUUGUGUUGACGGAAGCUUCUAAUUUGCAUUGAACAUUCCCUAAUGGGCCUGUGCUCUUUGUUACCAGGCUUGUAAUAGCAGCUCUUGUCUUCAUAGCCUAGCUAGCACUCCCAUGUGUGACUCACCUUUCUGCUGCCCCCAUGAUGCAGGGCUACUGACUCAUAAUUCACUUAACCCAAAAGCCGCCCCACAAGGCUGAGCCAGCCUGCUGCCUGAGGGCCGUGAUCAUGGGCAGAGGUCUAGGCAUUAUGAGUUGAUCAAAGUCCAUGCCUUACACCCGGACAGUAGACACAGCCUUCAGAGAUUGCACGUUUAAAUAAAUCCCACCAAGUCUAAAGUGGUUCAGUUUUAAUUCUUCCAGUCUUAUGGAAAACUUUUUGUGUUUCUAGUAUAUAUAAUUUGAAUGGAUGCCAAAAUAUAUUAUGUUCUGUUUUCAGAGGGCCUCUCUGCAGCUGUUAGCACAGAUACCAAAGGGGUAAGACCCAGGACACUCAUAUCCUGAAAAGCUGCAAAGCCAGUAACUUUUAAACUUUAUAAGCAAAUGUCAUUUGGGGUAACACUGACCUUUUACAACCUGAUGUCUCAAAUGUAGCAAGAUUAUCUAAAAAUCGUAACUUGAGUAUCUUGUAAUUUUUCUCUUAAAAAAGACUUGUGUAAGUCUCUGCAUCAACGCCAAUAAACGUGUUGCUUAAU